CAUUAUAUGAUACAAACUACAAACAAAAAACAAAAAAAAAGAAAGGCAUGUUUGGGUUUGUAAUAAUGGGCCAUCCUUUGCUCGAUCCAGUAGAAUUCACACGCAAAAUAGGCUUUGGCGGGAAAAGAUUUGUCCCCCUCCUCCGUUUUUUAAGCAAGUCUUUCUGCAAUCUCGGGGCUGCUAACUAAGGUCUAAGUUGGAACGGCGGAAGCUUAUGAAGUGAAAAUGCCUCCCAGAAGCAGAAGGAAACUUAACUCUUCUUCUUCUUCAUCAAAGAAAUCAACCGUUUCAAAUCAACAAUCUCAACCCUCCAAGUUCGGCAUCCAACAUUUCUUCCAACGCCAUUCCCAAAACACCCUUUUAGCUUCCCGGAAUCACCCAUCUUCUCCUCCAAACGCCCCUUCCCCUACUAUAUCCUCUUCCAAUUCCAAUGCCGCUUCUUUGCCCCUUGAACCCGCUUCCAACGGUGUCAUUUCUGCAUCGCCAAGCCCUAAUUUCCUUUCCAACUCGUCUCCAGCAAUGGAUGUUGAUGCUGAGGUCUCGCCUUUAAUCUCCAAGUCUACGUCUCUUAAGCGCUUCAAUUUUUCCCCUGGAAUGUUGAUAAAGCAGAGCCAAGAUGAUGGAGGGGAUGAGGUCUCAUGGAAGAUAUCUCCAGUCAAUGAACGUCUUCGAGCAGUCUCAAGGCACAUGCCAUUAUUGCCUGAUUCUUCAAAGCACAACUCUUUCACCAUGCAUCAGUGCUCCCAAACCAAGGGUCCAAAUACGGCUGCCAAGGUUGACAAGUGGCUAUCUUCGCCUUCGCUUAAAGCUGAUAAAAAACCUUUGCUUCCGGCCAACAGGGUUGGGUUGAAAAGAGUGAACCCAUUUCAGAAUAAAGAGGCCAGUGAGAGCAUUGCUGAUGAGAAUACCUGUUUAGUAAGUAGACAGAGUCCAUUCUGCACUCCACCAUCUCUACCAUUUUGUCCUGAUAAGCUUGCCAAUGGUGUUGCAUCUGAUCAGCUGGGUUUGAGGCAGCACAAAAAGGCAUUGCUUGAACUUCUAGAUCAAGUAGAAGAUGUCAUUUCUGUUGAGGAUUUUGUAUCCAGUGAAUCAGAGCCAUAUUCAUCUAAAGUCAAAGAAGGGCAGUCCAAUGAAAUUCCUGUAAUAGCUAAUUCUAUAGGAAAUUGUGUGGUAAUGGGCCCACCACACAAAGUCAGUGGGACAUCUUCUAAUGGUCAUUUCCUAGUGUUAGAGGUAUCUGAGAAGCGAACUUUUCCUGAGUCUGUUGGUUCUCAUUGCCUAUAUAAGGUUCUUCGCUUGGUAAAUGAGAAAAGUGGGGAAGAGCGUGCUGUUUAUUUGUGGGAAGAAUGGUCCUAUAGUGUCAUUGCCCCAGGAGACACUGUGAAUGUCAUUGGUGAAUUUGAUGAUAAGGGAAAGUGUAAUGUGAAUCGUGAAAAUAAUUUUCUUAUUAUUCAUCCAGAUAUUCUAGUCUCUGGAACUCGGGUUGCAGCUAGUUUUAGUUGCCCAAGGCGAACUGUCCUAGAUGAGAGACUACGAUGCAAUGAGCAUUCAACUGCAGCUCUUAUUGGCACCUUGCUGCACCAAAUUUUUCAGGCAGGACUUGUGAAGGAGUCCCCUACAGUACACUUUUUGGAAGAAUAUGCAAGAAUGGUGCUCCAGAAGAACACGGAGAGCUUGUAUGCAUGUAGAGUAAAUGAAAAUGAAAUAUAUAAAACCUUGACUGAAGCUAUUCCAAAACUUGUAAAUUGGAUUGUCCUUUUCAAAGAUUCACAGGAGCCACAAGUCCCCACUGUAGAUUUUGGAUCUGAUAAGGGGCCAAAAAAGGUUAACAUUUUUGAGGUCAUUGAUAUUGAGGAAAUGGCAUGGGCCCCAAAGUAUGGUUUAAAAGGAAUGAUUGAUGUUUCAGUCAGAGUGAAGGUUGAGUCAGGUGGAAAAGAAGAUGAUGAGAAGAUCAUGCCUCUAGAGUUUAAAACUGGAAAAAUGCCUAAUGGCCAGUCAUCUAUAGAACACUGUGCCCAAGUGAUCUUGUACGCUCUCCUUAUGUCUGAGAGGUACCUAAAACAUAUUGAUUCUGGUCUUCUAUACUAUCUCCAGGCAGAUCAGACACAAGGAAUUAUAGUUCGAAGAUCUGACUUGGUUGGGUUAAUCAUGCGUCGUAAUGAGCUAGCAAAUGAUAUUCUUAAGGCGUUAACAACACAACAGCUGCCCCCAAUGUUACAGAUUCCAAGCAUGUGCAAAGGCUGUCGCCAUCUUGAUGUUUGCACCCUCUAUCAUAAGGCAUUUGGUGGGGACAUGGAGAGUAGUGGAUUAGGUGAUAUAUUUGAUUCACAUGUACAUCACUUUUCAAAUGCUCAUGGUUUUUUCCUCAGACAUUGGGAUAGGUUGAUUGACCUAGAAGCUAAAGAGAUGCAGCUUGUGAAGAAAGAAAUCUGGCAUUCUCAUAAUCUUAAGAGUGAGGACACUACUGGUAGCCUUUCUUCUCUUGUUCUUGAUGAACUUCCACAUCAGAAAUCUCACAAAGAAAAUAGAUUCAUCUAUCAUUUUGUCCGUCGACAUUCACCUGCUUCCAACCUAAGUGGAUCUGAUAGAAACUCUGUUGGUGCUGCAUCUUCUCUGAUCGAAGAUUUGGAUUGCACACUUAAAAGUGGAGAUUAUGUGAUACUGAGCACGGAAUCUGGCCAUCAAAUUGUUGCAAGUGGGGUCAUUGUGGAGAUCAGUCCUGUCCGUGUUUCUGUUUCUUUUUCUAAGCGUUUAAGGCUUCCAGGGGGUAAUUCGUCCUCGAUGAUAGAGAAACUAUUUCAGGAGGUCUGGCGGAUUGACAAGGAUGAAGUCAUGACCUCCUUUUCAAUUAUGCGGUUCAAUCUUAUCCAAAUGUUUCUAGAAAAUGAGCAAAGUUCUCAUGUCAGGAAGAUGAUUGUUGACCUUGCGGCUCCUAGAUUUGACAGUGGAUGCAUAUUCAGCCAAGAUCCAGCAAUAUCUUAUAUCUGGUCAGAGAAGAGCCUAAAUGAUGAUCAGCGUAGAGCUAUUCUCAAGAUACUUAUUGCAAAGGAUUAUGCUCUAAUUCUAGGAAUGCCUGGAACAGGCAAGACAUCGACAAUGGUGCAUGCUGUAAAAGCCUUGUUGAUGAGAGGUGCAUCCAUUUUGCUUACGUCCUACACAAACUCUGCAGUUGAUAAUUUACUCAUCAAAUUAAAAUCUCAGAGCAUUGAUUUUGUACGCAUCGGAAGACACGAAUCUGUGCAUGAGGAAGUUAAGGGGCAUUGUUUUUCAGUGAUGAACCUCAGUAGUGUUGAAGAAAUUAAAGUGAAAUUUGAACAAGUCAAAGUUGUUGCCGUGACUUGCUUGGGCAUCACUAGUCCCUUCCUCUCUGGAAAGAAAUUUGAUGUGUGCAUUAUUGAUGAAGCUGGUCAAACAACUCUCCCAGUAUCACUGGGACCCUUGAUGUUUGCUUCUACAUUUGUUCUAGUUGGAGAUCACUAUCAAUUGCCUCCAUUGGUUCAGAGUACGGAGGCUCGAGAGAAUGGAAUGGGAAUAAGUUUGUUCUGCAGGCUAUCAGAAGCACAUCCACAGGCAAUUUCACCAUUGCAAAGCCAGUACCGUAUGUGUCAAAGUAUUAUGGAACUGUCAAAUUCACUGAUAUAUGGCAAUCGAUUACGUUGUGGUUCUCCCGAAGUAGCUAAUGCCAAACUCAAGUUCCCAAGACCAAACUUUCUUUCUUCAUCUUGGCUAAAAGCUGUUCUAAAUCCAAGAAGGCCAGUCAUUUUUGUUAACACAGAUAUGUUGCCUGCUUUUGAGGCUAGAGACCAUAAAACUGUGAAUAAUCCAAUGGAAGCUUAUAUAAUUGCGGAGAUAACGGAUGGAUUAGUUAACAAUGGAAUUGAAGGCCAAGAUAUUGGCAUCAUUACCCCUUAUAAUUCCCAGGCAAAUCUCAUCAGACAUGCUUGCAUAGCAUCCGUAGAGACACAUACUAUUGACAAAUACCAGGGAAGAGACAAGGACUGCAUACUGGUGUCUUUUGUUAGGUCUAAUGAGAAUCCUAGAAACUGCACUUCUUCACUGCUUGCAGACUGGCAUAGGAUUAAUGUUGCUCUAACACGAGCAAAGAAAAAGUUGAUCAUGGUGGGGUCGUGCAGAACCCUGUCAAACGUGCCAAUGCUUAAGCUUCUUAUUGACAACGUUGAAGAACAAUCAGGUAUUCUGAGUAUGUCUGGGAAUGAUUUUGACCGCCAAACGGUGCUUAAGAGAUGCUCUCAGAUUUUGUAAAAUUUGGCCCCUGCAAUUUUUGUGCAAAAUGGGCUUUUUUUUCAUAUUAGAUACAUAUAUUUUCAAGGUGUAGACAAAAUUAAUUAUUUUUGUAUAUUUUCUGAAAAAUAAACGAAAGAAUGUCCUUUUCUCCCCUCUUUUGCACUAACAGACAUUUAAGCAGUAGUUACAAAUUCAAAGUCUAAAGAUUACAACAUAAACAACUCCAAAUGGAGACAUGAUACACUAUUUUUAGACCUUUCUAUAUCAUGGAAGCAGUUCAUCUCAUCUAUGAUGAUCUGUUCAAAGUGGUUACUGGUAAUGAAUGAUUGAUACAAAUUCCUUUUAAGUACAAACCUCAAAUUGGAUUGAUAUGAUUGGAAGUCAAAUUGUGAAAUGUUGUGACUGUGUGGCUCCUAACACAUUUCUUUAUCGUAAACA